AUGAGUUUCAAGAACGUGGAUAGACUUAGCAACAUGCCCGAUGAGGUCAUAUCACACAUACUUUCUCUAAUGCCUACUAAGUUUGCGGUGCGAACUAGUGUUUUAUCCAAAUCAUGGAUUCACACUUGGAAGUUCGUUACAAACCUUGUCUUUGAAGAUAACCGUUGUUAUCAUGAGAUAUCUUGCUUUACUAAGUUCGUUGAUCGGGUACUUGAGUGUUGUAAAGCUUCCGAAGUUAAACUUUUUAGGUUGCAUUGUUCUUGGGUUCCCGGGUCGCGUGUGUGUAAGUGGAUUGAUGCAGCAGUGAGGUUAAAUGUUUGUGAGCUUGAUGUUAAGGUGAUGAAUCUUGUGUUGCCUCAUAGCUUUUUCACUUGCAAGACGCUCACAAAAUUAAGCUUACAUUCUAUUGAUAAUUCUGACGUGGGCCUUGCUGAAUACAACUAUCCAUCAUAUGUCAAUCUUCAGUGUCUGAAAACGAUUGAUAUAGAUGUUUACUGUAAAGCCUCUGUUACUGCGCUUAAUCUUAUACGUGGCUGCCCAAUACUCGAAAGUUUAUCACUGAGAAUAUUCGACCCUGACAAUGAAGAUUACGACUUCAGCAUCCCUACUUUGAAGCAUUUGAAGUUGAUUAUUGAGAAACUCGUAUUCGGUAUCAGCAAAGUUGUUCUUAAUGUUCCUAAGCUUGAGGACCUCUGUUUUGGAACACACAUGUCCACAGUUUUUGUGAUGGAAGAUUUGUCGUCUCUUGUUUCGGUAAAGUUAUCAGGUUACGAUGGAUAUUAUCCUCUAUGGGUUGAAGUUUUAAAAGGAGUAAGUGGAGCUAAAUCGCUUACGUUGGAUUUGCAUUGUCAUACACCAUCCGAUGCACGGAUGCCUAAUUUUCCGUAUAUGAAGCACUUGGAGUUCAAUGCCAGUUUUUCUUGGAAUGGUUUAGAUUGGGCAUUAUUUCAUAAAAUACUAGAAAACUCUCCUGAGUUGGAACAGCUAUGUAUUAUAAUGAAUCCCAGAGAUCACAACGAUUAUCGCUGGAUUGAGCCGCAGUCAGUUCCGACUUGCAUGCUAAAGAACCUUAGAGCAAUGAAGUUUGCAAAUUUCAGAGGGCAGAAAUCAUAUCUACGGUUUUUGGCAUACUUGUUGAGGAAUGCAGAGUUUUUGACGAUGCUAACCAUCACGUGUGGUAGGAUACCUUUGAAAGAGGAAAUGCUAUUGAGUACAGAGUUGUUGAAGCUUCCUAGGCUAUCCAGGUACUGCGAGAUUCAUUUUCUUGGAAGUCUGUAUUCUUCCAUAACUAGUUAG